UCUCGCGGCAGCAAGAAUGGCUUCAAACUUGUGGUCAGAGGAUCGGUUUAGCUGUCCAGUGUGUCUGGAGCUAUUGAAGGACCCAGUCGCUAUUCCAUGUGGACACAGUUACUGUAUGGGGUGUAUUAAGAACUGCUGGGAUCAGACUGAUCAUACAGGUGUCUACAGCUGCCCCCAGUGCAGAGAGACCUUUACCCCAAGGCCUGUUCUAGGCAGAAACACCAUGCUGGCCGAAGUUGUGGAAGAAUUAAAGAAGACAGGACUCAAUCCUCCUCCUGCUCAACGUUAUGCUGGACCUGGAGAUGUGCCGUGUGAUUUCUGCACUGGGAGAAAGUUCAAAGCUGUGAAAUCCUGUUUGACGUGCCUGGCCUCUUACUGUGAAACACACGUCAAGCCACACUAUGAGGGGGCUGCUUUCAAGAGGCACAAGCUGAUCAAUGCAACUGGAAAUCUGGAGCAGAAGCUUUGUGCUGAACACCAACGAUUAUGUGAGGUCUUCUGUAGAACCGAUCAGACGUGUAUUUGCUUGUUGUGUUCACAAGAUAAACACAAGAGCCACGAUACAGUCUCAGCUGAGAAAGAAAGGACUGGGAAACAGGGUGUAACAGGGGCGUUGUUCCUGGCGUGGCUAUCGUUGAUUGACAGGAGAGACACAGGAGGUUUUUUUUGAUAUAGUGAGCUUCACCCAGUGCUGCCUCUAUGAAGCAGGGCCUCUUUAAUAUAUUGGAACAAUGAUUGCAGCACAGGGAUAAUAAUAUCUUCUUAAUAAACUAAUACAGCACCUUUUAAACAAGACUUUAAUAAUUGUGUUGUGAUACAUAGUAAACAAAACCCAUGCCUUUAAAAGAGACACAUGCGCAUCUAUCUGCACUGGCAGAGCUGCUGUGCCCGUGCCAUGCUGUUCUUGCCAGUCUGCCCACAGUGAGAGGGGUGUUUUUGGGAGGCU